AUGGUUCGCACUUUAUUCCUCCGAUCUUUAGUUCUCGGCCCCUUGGCUGCUUUGGCAGUGGCACAAAACAUGUCCGACUCCAUGACCGGAAUGAACGCGUCCGACUCCAUGAACGGAAUGAACGUGACCGACUCCAUGACCACCCCGGAAACCGCUUCGGCCAUGCCAAUGGACGUCGACUACACCGGCUACACUGGAGCCUCUGGUAAACCUGCCCAUCCAGGUAUGACCCCUGGUGUGCUAUCCCCUGAUGGCAAGUGCUGGUGCAGUGCCCUACCUGCCAUGCCUACAGGACACAUGCCCUCUGAUGUCGCCCCUCCUUCUAUGCCCAUGGUCCCUGAAAUGCCAGUAGCCAACACUACUAUACCCCCUACUGUCCCAGCCACCACCCCCAACACUACUGAUGACACCACUACCAGCGGUGUGACCUUCCUUAAGGGUUCUUCCAACGCUUGCUUCCUUGCUGCCGCCGCUGUUGUCGGUAUCACCACCUUGGCUGCCUAA